AUUUAGAUAGAUAGAUAGGGGAUCUAUUUUAAUGAAAUUUAAGGGGAUUAUUUUGAGUAUUGAUUAAUUAAUAUUAAUGAGUUAUCAAAAUCAUCCCUAAAAGUUUCCUUAUGAUAAUUAAGGUCCGUAAGGGUAGCAACAAGUACCAUUGUUUCAGUAGGUUUACUACAGUCAACAACAAUAAAUAUAUGGAUUCGAAUAAUAGCAAUUCCCACCAUUGAAUUAUAAUGGGUAUGGCUAUUAUGUAUAGCAACAAAGUAAUAAAGUUAUUUGUAAGUUCAGUGCCAUAAUAUAAUAUUCCUCCUCAACAACCAACACCUAGUUUAACGAGUAAUAGUAUAAGUUUGAGUGGUAUUUGAAUUUUGUAUUUGUAUGUCAGAUUAGGGAGCAAAAAAGAAGAAGAAAAAUAAAAGUGAUAAAUCAAAGAAAGACAAAAAGAAAAAAAGAAAGAGAGGUUUAUUUGUUAUCCUAAUAUUUCAAAGCCAGUAGUAGUAGUUCUUCUUCUAGUAGUAGUGAUUCUAGUAGUAGCUGUAGCAAAAGUCGUAAUAAGUAUGAUAAUUAUAUAUAUCGAAAUCUUUUUGUAGAAAAAAGAAAAAGGAUAAACCUUUAUCCUUUUUACAUAAUGAGGAUAAUUGGAAAUGCAAGUCUUGUUAUAAUAUCAAUUUCCCUCAUCGUACAGAAUGUAAUAGAUGUAAGAAAAGUAGAGAAUAAGCUGUAAAAGUAUUCAAUUAACUCUCUAACAUCUUUUCUUAGGAAGAUAAAGGAAAGAAGUAUGUACCUAAUCCUGAUGAUUGGAAGUGUAACAUUUGUGGCAAUUUUAAUUAUGCUAGAAGAGAAAAAUGUAAUAGAUGCAAAGAAGAUAAGCCAAAGGCAACUAUGCCAUAACAAUCCACAUCAUAUAAUUAAGUAAACUGACGUAUUUUCCUUUGCAUUUCGUAUAUCAAAA